CGAGUCGCCGCCAGCCGGGCCUAACAUUGCAAGAUCUUCCUGCUACGCGGCGACGGACAUGCACACUAGGCAGCCCGUGAACGCUGCAGUGCUUGCGGAGAGGCGGAAGUGCAACAACCUGUCCUUUAUCAAUGAAGGAGAAGUUAAGGAACCCACGCAUUACAACGCGCGCACACCACAGGCUGGACGCUCCAACGACGACGCGAUCAUCGACGUUGCCGAGUUCAAUGAGACAGUCACACCGCAGACCCCACGACUGCUCUUGCCGACGAGUCCGUCGGCAAACCCAUCGGGCGCCCGCAUCAGUAGUCUGGUCAAGUCCGAACGUGCCUCUCGUGUCUCUAUGGUCUUGCAGUCCACGGCCGUGUACCAGCGCUUGUCCAUGGCGGUGGGAGUGCAGCCGUCGCUUGACGGCAUGUUGUCUGAAAGCGCGCGCACGCCUGUCCUAUGUGACGAGAAGCCCAGCUGUAUGUAUUCUUUCGAUUCCAACGCAUCUGCGAUGGACACGCGGCGGCACGCUGGCGGUGCUCCGUCCAACAUUCUCGGCAGCAUGCGCGACGUCGACACAGUGCGGGGCAUGAGCCUUUCGAUGGCCAAGCUUCACGCACUCCGCGAUCUGCUAGGCAGCAUCACAGACGUCAACGGACACAUCGACCGCGCCACGUUCUCGCACACGUUUGACAUUGCCGACCCGUCGGCGUUUGUCUGCUCUGCCAACCCCAACCAAAUCAACGCGAAGGCGCUCCUCGUGGAAACGUGCGUCGAAUUAGACAUCGACGACGAGGAGAAACUCGCGUUCAUUUUCGACUCGAUCGACCAAGACAAGAGCAUGUACGUCACGGCCGCGCAGGUGGCAGACUUGUUAGCGGCCAACUUUGCGUCGUUCAAGCUCGUCGCGGUGGGGACGAGUUUCAAGGACAUGGCAGACACGCUGUUUGCCAAGGUGGGCGUCGCGGACGACCGAAUGACGUACAAGGUAUUUCGCGAAGUGUUUGGACCAUUCCUGGCGACAGCGUACGACGAGCACGACGACGGAAGCGACGCCUCGUUCGUGGAACAGCACGUAGACGGCCACGAGCCCGAGAUUAAGUCCAAGAUAUUGGUGCUCUACGAGCGCCACCACUUGCGCAUCCUGUGGCUGCUGCUGUACUUUCAACUGAACGCGAUCGUGUUUUUGUUCAAGUGGCACCAGUACCCUGUCGACCCUGCUCUCGGGUACGGCCUCAAGGUUGCCCGCGCUUGUGCGCAGGUGUGCAUGCUCAACUUUGUCAUUGUUCUCCUUCCCAUGUGUCGGUCUAUCGUCCAAGUCAUGAAGCGCAGCGUCCUUUUGUGGCACAUGAUCCCAUUUGACGACCAUAUCGAGUUCCACAAGAUCGUCGGGACGACGCUCCUCACGGCAGGGCUCGUCCACACCGGUGCGCACGUGUCCAACAUGCUCCAUCUGUACUGUCUCGCGACACCGGCACAGAUCCGCGCGUCCAUCUUCGUCACGCACAACGUGAGCAUGUUUGCCAGCGGAACGACGCCGCCGUUCACCGACAUGGUGUCGUCGGUGCCGGUGUGGACCGGCGUCAUUCUCCUCGUGAUCACGUGUAUUUCGUUCCCGUUGGCGGCCAUUCCCAAGUUCCGCCAAGGCAAGUUCAACUUGUUUUGGUACAGCCACAUGCUGUUCUUUCCAUUUCUGUUGGUGGGGUGUUUGCACGGCCUGGCGGGGUGGCUCGCGACACCGACGUCGUUUUUCUGGAUUGCUCCGCCGCUCGCGCUGUACUUGCUGGAGCGGCGCCUCCGCUACGCCAAGGUGUUUACGACGCCGCUUCAGAUCGUCCGCGCGCGCAUGUUGGACGGCGUGGUCGCGCUGUACAUUGAAAAGCCCAAGCGAUUUCACUACCGUCCUGGCAUGUACUUGUAUCUGAACGUGCCGAAAUUGUCGAGCCACGAAUGGCACCCGUUCACAAUCUCGUCGGCACCGGGCGACCAGUACUUGAGUGUUCACAUUCGGAAUUCCGGGGACUGGACCAAUGCCCUCCACGACUUGAUCCAUCGAGUGCACCGGGGCGAAGUCGCGUACCCUUCCGUGUUCAUCGACGGGCCGGUGGGAGCGCCGACGCAAGACUACCAUCGGUUCAAGACGAUCGUCAUGAUUGGCGGCGGCAUUGGGGUUACCCCGUUCGCCUCGAUUCUCAAGGACGUUGUCCACUUGUGGGACGAGUAUCGGUGCUUGAACUGCCAGCACGUCCGCCACCCGCGAUCGUUCCGCAUUCAAAAAAUGUACUUUCACUGGGUCACGCGGGGCCAAGAGUCGCUCGGAUGGUUUCAACACACGAUGAAUCAAAUCGCCGACAUGGACAAGGACAACGUGAUCGAAGUCCACCAGUAUUUGAGCACGGUCAAGUCGACGGACAAGUCGUUUCCCCAGCUCAAGAUGAUCCAGGCCGUGGUCCAUGACGCGACUGGCCGCGACGUGGUUUCCGGAUUGAUCAAUUCGAAACAAAUGACGCACUUUGGCCGGCCCAACUGGGACGCUGUGUUCCACAACUUGACACGAAAGCAUCGCGGCGAGGAAGUCGGCGUGUUCUUCUGCGGCCCCCACGCUCUCGACAAGGUUCUCCAGGAAAUGUGCCUCAAGUACUCGUCGGAACCCGAUACCGGCGGUGUCUAUUUCGACUAUCACUCGGAAAAGUUUGCGUGAAAGCACCCGCCGCUUAUACGAAUGCCUUUGGGCAUGUCGCGACGUAGUGUACAUAAUUUAUUCCCAUCUGAAUGUUACAUCCAUUUUUGG